ACCAAAUGGGCUGUUUGCUGGAAGCAGAUGUGAUGCCAUCGCUGAUGUUUUUGCUGCUCCUGCUCCCGGGGUUAAGGGUCACCGCUGUGAUGGCAGAUGCAGAGAGACGCCGCACAGAUUUGCUCCCAGUGGACAUUCUGGCAUUUGUCCUCAAGCAGGACGCCUCCAAACCUGUGCCAGGGGUGCACAUGCAGGAGGCUGGAGGGGUGAGGGGGGUGCGUUUCUCAAGUCCAUGUACUUCCACAAGCUUUCCCUUUUCUCAUCUCCUGAACUGUGACCAUUUCCCCAAAGAAUUCUCCCUGGUUGUGACAUUAAAGGUCGCUGACAUUGCACCCAAGAGGAAUGAAUAUAUCUUUUCCCUGAUGGCACCAAAAACAGUGGAGACCAGAGCUGCAGAGAAGGAUGCUGGGAAAAUGUCAGCUGGGCCAAUUGAAAGACUUGUUGAUGAGGAACUGGAAGCUGGACAAAGAGGCAAAAUGAGGAGAGCCAAAAGCAAUGAGCGACGUGGCCGGCUGAUCAUGGCACUGAGAUUAUCUAGAACGCGUGUGCACUUUGUUUUUAAAGGCCACAGAGGGGCCUUGGAGCAGUUGGCAUUUCGAAGCACCUGGUUGGCUGAUAACCAGUGGCACACCUUACUUUUUGGAGUUGACAGUGGUCAUGUCAGGCUCACAGUGGACUGCAGCUCCCCACAGGAAAUGGUUCCUUCCAGGCAUUUUCCUUCAGACCUCAACAUCCAAGGUUCAAGAUUCCACGUCGGCAGUAGGGGGAGAUCGAAAGGCUCCUUCUCAGGUUUGCUGCGACAGCUGGUUCUGGUUCCAGGUUCUGAUGCCAUGCCUCUGAUAUGCCACUCUUCCUCGCCUCAGCUCUCAGCUCUGUCAGUCCCACCGCUCCUGUUAGACCUCCCUGUCAAUGCGUGUGAGGCUGAAGGCCAUUUUCCUUCCUAUGAAGCAGAGCAGCGAGUGUCAGUGGGGUUAGAACGGUCGUGUUCACAGCUGCUCCGAGGUCAGAUGUGGUUUGAGCCAUUCAGGAAAGGACUCUACCUCUGCGAUGGAACAGCCUGGCUCACUGUGCUGCAGGAUCAUAAACGUCUGGACUAUGUGUUGGAACAUCAGGUCCUUAUCACCAGCUCAGAGACGCAUGAUGUAGAGGUGUUUGAGGUACCCGACAUGGGUCUAAUGGCUGCUAUGGCUCACCAGUCCACUGCCUUUGGAUCUGCUGUGUAUCUGUGGAGCAAUGCAAGUUUCCAACUCUAUCAGAACAUCAGCACCUAUGGAGCCCUGGCCUGGAGACACUUCAGCAUCGGCAAAAGGUGUAUUUUUCUGGUGACAUCUAAUUCUGAGAAUGAGCUACCCGUGAAUGCUAACAAACAGUCAGAUGCAGACAUCUCUGUGAUUUACAAGUGGAGCAACAAAAUAAAACGGUUUGUGCAGUUCCAGACACUGCAGACGCAUUGUGCACGAGACUGGGAGGCCUUUAACAUCAAUCGAGAAACCUAUCUUGCUGUGGCGAAUCACAGACGAGGUAAUAAUAAUCACACUAUAAACAGUGUGAUAUACAAAUGGAACACGCUAACAAAGUCUUUUGAGGUUCAGCAGCUGCUACGCACCUCCGGCGCCUAUGACUGGGAGUUCUUCACCGUUGGACCGUACCAUUUCCUGGUGGUCGCAAAUGCAUUUGAUGGAGUGACCACGUCGGUGGACUCUGUCAUCUACGUGUGGGUCAAUGGAAGCUUCCAGGUCUUCCAGACAAUUAAGACAUAUUGUGCCACAGAUUGGGAAAUGUUCCAGAUCGGCAGCAGAGUGUUCUUGGCUGUUGCUAACGGGCAUAGGCUUGAUGAUAAUGGACAAAGCCGAUAUGCCAUCAGCUCGACAAUAUACGAACUGGACAUGAAAGGAAAACUCUUCAUCCGCUUCCAGGAUAUUGUCACCCACAGUGCAAUGGACUGGGAGUUCUUCACCCUCGGGGAGGAAUAUUUUUUGAUUGUUGCCAACUCCUUUAAUGGCGACUCCUACUCACUCAACAGCAUUCUCUACAGGUGGCAGGGAUAUGAAGGUUUUGUUCCUGUUCACUGGCUCCCAACUAUUGGGUGCAGUGACUGGGAAUUUUUCAGCUCUAAGGGAGAAUCAUAUCUGAUCUACUCCAGUGCCAAAACAUCUCUCGCCAAGGUGUUCAAACUGAAAACUUACUAAAA